AGCGGGAGGCCGGUGAUCCCGGAGCGGGAGGCCGGGCUGGGCGCAUCCUGCCCCCGCCCUCCCACCAACGUCACUCCGCAUCCCGGAGCCAGGCAGCGAGUCGCAGCCAUUUUACUCCGCGGAGUGGAGCGUCGCCUCGCAGCCAGACGGCCGGAAAAACGCGCCCGCGGCUCCGUGGACGCCUCCUGAUCCACGGUUCGGAUGGGUUCUGGUUUCCAGCCGUCGGAGUUCGGCAGCACCGAGGCCUAACGCACAGGGCCGGCCAGCCAGGCCCCUCUCACUGCUCUCCCCCCCCCCCCCCCCCCCCGCCCCCCCCUCCUCAGGCAGGAUGGAGCCCUGGGGUUCUCGGGGGCAGCUCGGAGCAGAGGGGGAUUGUGGGAUGUCCAAUCUGCUGGUGCCGAGCCCCCAGAGUGAGGCGGUGACCCACGAGCUGGAGGAGCUUUCCCUGCAGCCCACGCAGAAACUGCCUCCUCUCAACGAACGCAAAAACGUGCUGCAGUUAAGGCUUCAACAGAGGCGGACCCGGGAGCAGCUGGUGGACCAGGGCAUCAUGCCGCCUCUGAAGAGUCCAGCGGCGUUCCAUGGGCAGAUCCGAAGCUUGGAAAGAGCUCGGACGGAGAAUUUCCUCAAGCAUAAGAUCCGCAGCCGUCCGGAGCGAGCCGAGCUGGUCCGGAUGCACAUCCUGCAAGAGACCGGAGCAGAACCCUCGCUGCAGGCCACUCAGAUGAAGCUGAAGAGGGCCCGGCUGGCUGACAACCUCAACGAGAAGAUCGCCCAGAGACCCGGCCCCAUGGAGCUGGUGGAGAAGAACAUCCUGCCGGUGGACUCCAGCCUCAAAGAGGCCCUCAUAGUUGGCCAAGUGAACUAUGCCAAGGUUCUGGAUGAAGACAGCUGCUAUGACGCCGUGUCUCCGGAGCAGCCGGCCAGCCAGGAGUCCCAGAGCUCCGCCCACUCACCUGGGGAGAGUAAAAUCCCAGAAAGCCCGUCUCCAGGCCCGGCAGCAGCAGCAGCAGCAGCCGCCAUCGUCCUGCAGCCCGUCCCAACAACGGACUUCACCAAGGCGGCCUCAGCCAAUGAGCAGCCGGCUAGCUGUACGCCGUUCCCCACGGCGCCGCCCGCCGCUGCAGUCGCUCCUUCCAAACCGGGACCGACUCUGGUGAAGCAAAGCCAACAGAAAAGUCUGUCAGAGAAGACCCGCAGCAAGAAGGGCAAAGAGCAGAAGUCCAGGAUGAAGAAGCUGAAGUACCACCAGUACGUGCCGCCGGACCAGAAGCAGGAGGCCAGCGAAGCUCCCAUGGACUCGUCGUACGCCCGGCUGCUGCAGCAGCAGCAACUCUUCCUCCAGCUGCAGAUCCUCAGUCAGCAGCAGCAGCAGCACUACAACUACCAGACCAUCCUCCCAGCGCCGCUCAAACCCGUGGCGGAGGGCCAGGGCGGCGGCGGCCUCCCCGCCUCCAUCGUGGUGUCUCUGCCCACCCCGCCCCCCCCUGGGCCCGCGGCGCCGCCCCGACCCAACAACCUGCUGUCGACCCGCAAGCCCGGAGUCCUGCCAGCCAACCUGGACGAGAUGAAGGUGGCGGAGCUGAAACUGGAGCUGAAGCUGCGCGGCCUCCCGGUGUCCGGAACCAAAACGGACCUGAUAGAACGACUGAAGCCCUUCCAGGACAGCUCCAGCCUCCCCGCUCCCGCCUCCUCCGUCCCCAUGGAGGUGACCUCAGCCUCCACGCCCUCCGUGGUUCUGCCGCUCCCUCAGCCGGGCCCAGAGGCCAUGUUCUCCACGCCGCCCAACUCGCCCGUUCCCUUCGACCCGGCUUCCCUCCAGCAGGACGUCGGCAUGUCCGAAGCCCCUGAAACCCAGAAGCUGAGCUCCGGUUCCCCUCAGCCGGCCGUCCCCGAGGAGAAGGACCGGCGUCUGCACGAGAAGGAGCGUCAGAUCGAGGAGCUGAUGAGGAAGCUGGAGCAGGAGCAGAGGCUGGUGGAGGAGCUGAAGAUGCAGCUGGAGGUGGAGAAGAGAGGGCAGGUUGACUCAGACGCUGUGAAGAUGGAGGGCCCCGUCCUGUCCAGCUGCUCCUCCUCCGCCGGCGCCGGCCCAAACCCCAUCCACGCUCUCACGGCCCCCCGACCGCAGGUGGUGAAGCUGGAGGACGUCACCGUCUCGUCUGCCAAGCCUCUGCAGCUCCAGACCCAGCUCAUCACCCAGAUCCAGCACCAGGGGACCAGCAGCCCGAAGCUGGGCCCCCAGAACCAGAACUGUCCCCAGACCCAGCCUGCAGCCCCGGGCCUGCAGCAGUUCUUCAUCACCCACCCUGCCGGGGUUCUGGGCCAACCUCAGACGCUGCUGACCGCCACGGGCCCGGCUGCUGCUCAGAUCUUCGUCCCGGUCUCAUUACCCAACAGCGCCGCUGCCAUCCAGCUGCCCAGCGCCGCCGUCAGCCUGCAGCCCGUCCUGAAGGCGCCAGCCUCCAACCCGGCUCUGGUCCAGGCCGCUCUUCCUGCGCUGCAGACCACUAAGAUGGAGAUCUCUGGCAGCCAGCAGCCUCUGCUACAGACUCUGACUAUGUGUAGCAACACUACGGCCUUGGCCAACCACAGCAGAAAGGAGAUGACUCCUCCGUGCUUCCUCCGCUGUUCUCCAGAGAACCCGGGUUCUCCGCAGACCUCCCCCAACCACCAGGCCUCCAACGGACCGCUCAGCAAGCAGCCGGCCUUCGUCCUGCAGCCCGCCGCCCGCCUCAGCCGGCCUCCCAGAGGCAGAGAGCCGCCGCGCUACGAGGAGGCGGUCCGACAGAGCCGCAGCCUGCACCUCAGCAACGCUCCACAGGUUCCCACGGCAACCAGCCAGCACAUGGACGACCUGUUCGACAUCCUGGUGGAGAGCGGAGAGAUCCCUCCCUUCGUCCAUCUGGACCCCCCGGCGGUUCUGACCAAGACCCCCCCCGUCACCGCCAGCAUCACCACUCUUCCCGUCAACACGGCCCAGUCCCGCUCGCCGCCACAGGUCCAGUUGGCUCCCCCGCCGGUACCGGCUCUCUCGCCGCUGACCGCCGACAGCCAGCUGGAGGCCUUCCUGGAGCGGACUCUGGCCGAGACGGCGCCGGCGUCGGACCCCCGCACCCGGGGGCUGAUGGAGGAGCUGCAGGGCCAGCUGGCGGAGCAGCAGGCCUUCGUCCCCAUGGACACGUCAGAGCUGCCCUUCCACGACUCCUCCUCUUCCUCCUCCGCCCUCAACCUGGCGCUGUUCGACCCGGGCCUGGACAACAUGGAGUGGCUGGACAUCACCAUCCCGCAGAGCCUGGCCGGGUCCGCCUCGCCCCCCGGGUUCCCCUCGGAGUUCCUGGAAGCACACGACAUGCAGCUGCACUUUGACUGACCCGAGCCCACGGAACCGGGUCGGCUUAGAACUCCUGCUCAGCCGAAUCCCUCUCGGCGGCGUCGGUAAUGUUCCUGCAGAACGACUCGCUGCACCGCGGCGUUCGGACCGGGUCGGUUCGGUUCAGUCCAGACCCACUUUUAGUUCCUCUUUUGACUAUUUCCAGAACCAAGGAGCCAAAUGAAGACCGUCAGAAUGGAUGUUUUUGUAAACGCAGUUUAAACCACACUAACAGAACCUUUCCAGAACCCGGGUCGUUGCUGAUGCUUCGUCUGGGCGGCGCCGCCAUCAAACCGCCUCUUCUAAAGAGAAGCUGAAGGCAUAUCGAUGUUGGACCUCCAGAACCAGCUCAUCAGGGCGGUUCUGGGAGGUCACUAAGUUAAAGGAGGUUCUGACCCGCUGGGUUCUGAUUCUAACCCAAAGAUCCUCCGUCUGGAUCCGAGCUAUGCACUAACGAGGCGCCUGGUUCCCCUCAGAGCGAGGAAAUGUGAACGCUGCGUAUCGGCGGCGCCUCUGAGACCGAAUGUAAGCUGACGUCGACCCGACCCGACGGCGGCUGGUUCCCCCUGCAGGAAACGGGACUCGGGGAGCAAAGCCCAGUCAGAGAGGCCCGGUCCGGGGAAUCGGACCAGCAGCUUUAUCUCCGAGCUUCAUGAGACGCUCCCAGGAGAAAAGUCACAGCUACGGUGGCCUGCAGGCUUCAGUCUGCUCCACGCGGCGUUUCUGUGAGCGAGCAGCUCAGAGACGCAUGUGUGUAAAAUAAUCUGCAGGUUUUAAACGGUUCCUCUGGCUGUCGGUCACAGGAAGACAGAACCGCGUCCAGACCGGCGGUAGAGUCUCUGCAGGUGGAGACGUACCGUAUUCUCACACCGUAAGGCGCACUAAAUAUUCCUCCUUUCCUCCACGUCCACAGAUCUCCAUCGUCUCUGGAGGAGCUGGACUACUCUGCUUCUGACAUGAGGCCAAAUAAACUUUAUACUGAACAAACUUACUAGGGUUAUUGUUGCUAGUGCGUUCUCCUGAGGUUUCCCACAUACUCUGCGUACUCUGCGCAUACUGGCAGACUCUGCUCUGACUCUCCACACGGUUUACCUUCACAGUCCAGCUGUCGGCCACAUUUCUUCCCACGAUUCCAGACUUCCUGUCAGUGGGAGGAGGUAAAACGUGUGAUUAGCUGAGCAGCUGUCAGAGAAAACAGAGCGC